AUGUCCGUGAUGUCGACUGCAUCUAUAACAAAGCUUGUUACCAUAUUCGAUCUGUUCUUCGAUCCACAUAUGCAACUUCACCAAGUCCUCUUUCUUCUGACUGUGAUCAUUUCCCUCUACCCACUUUUGCGGCUCCAUCAAAACCAGCGAGCAGAAGCAUAUCGAGGCUCGGCUGAAACGGGCUGGAUUCAUAGUAUCCGAACGCUAUUAUCUCGUGCCUUUAUUUCAAGUGCAGAUGAGACUCAGCUCUUUUGGAUGGAACAAGCGGACCAUGAGCAGAUGGCAAAACAUUGGUCGUUUCGGGUUUCUAAUGAUCUCGACUACAUCUAUCGAUACCUCGGAAUCUCUCCUAACCAGCCCUUUCACCAGAUUUUCCAACCACCCCGGCCUUUACUUGUGACCUCUCGGCUCAACUGCAAAUUUUGCCCUGUUGGACACCGAAAUAUGGUGCCUUCCUUACGACGACGAAGGGCCGCAAAUCCCAAUUCACAAGUUUGGUUACUCGACACAAGCUUCCAAUGGGUUGAGGCAGAUCUGCUGGUUGCAACUUGCUCAAAAUGCAAAUCAGAGUACUAUCCUGACCGGGUUACACGACCAGGUCUAACUCGGGGACAGCGAAUCGACUGGUUGGAGUGGGACGCACGGUUUAUCCGUAUUUCUGUUCAUGGCAUCUGGGUUGAUAGAGCUGUUGCCAAAGCGCAAGAAAAGGCGCUUUACCGGUUUCAUUCUGGAUGGGCCAAUUUUGCCGACUGGAUCAAUGACAGGUUAGAGGAGAAUGCACCACACAAAUUCAGCUAUCGUCAGUCAAAGCGACUAUUUCUCGAACAUUUCGGAAGGCGACUGCUUGUUGCUCAUGGCAAACACUUAUAUUUCUCUCUGCCGGGAAAUGCGAGUGCGCAAACAUUAGCUCUGUCAAUUAGACAACAAAUUGGUCAAGAUCAAGGUUUGAUUCCAGGAGCAUUGGAGCAUGGUUGUAUGGAUUGUACUCAUAUCAAACGAUAUCGAUCUGAUUUGCCAGAGACGCUCGUUGACGGCCAGAGUACUGAUGUCGCUGGGCUGAUAAACUUGGAGCUGGACGCCAACAAUGCCAACCCUGACACACUGCCUGCUAACCUGCCCGAUGAAGUUUCAAAUCAAAAUGCGCCCCCAGCAGGAGAACCUCGCGGUUAUGUACGGAUGAUGGUCAUGGACGGAAAGACAAUCACGCACAAGAAAUGUGCUUUAUUUGCCUGUAAUAAUCCUCUGGUCAAUUACAAGAAUGGACGUUUCUGUCAAGACCAUCUUCUGGAGGGACGCAAAUGCGGUAUCGUUUCCUGCGGGGAGCAUGUGAGCUCUGUCGACUCUCUCACGUGCAAUAAGCCGGAGCAUAUGGCUUGGUAUCGACGGUUUGAUGAACGAUUUCAUCUUUUAUCUUAUCCCGGAGUCAAACGUGUUAUUCGAAGACAAAAUAUCGCGUCUGAAACUGGGGAAGACGGUGGUGGGCCAACACUCGAAAUCAGCCUCCCUGAGCUGGACGGCAUCCCCUGGAACAAAGUCGAACAUACAUUCCGGGCCAGAACAACUUACUGCUUGGAAACCGCUCAAUGGGCCUGUGGAUAUCCAAUUGGCUGGACAAAAUGCUAUCGGGCAGAGAGUCCUUCUGCUAUUCUGGCUUUUAUCGACUAUUUAUGGGAUGGAAAUAGUGCUGCCCGACCUGGUUUCAUUGUUUAUGACAAGGCUUGCGAGCUCCUUCGUCAUAUUGUGACCCAGAAUGCUCGGAGUGACUGGAUCGAGACAACCAAGUUUAUCGUCGACGCUUGGCACUACAUCGGGCACCGAGCGACAGAUAUUCUCUGUCGAGUAAGAUGUAACCCGGCGCCAAUGGAUGGAUCCCAGCCCGAUCUUGUUCUGGUAGAAGAGGAUGACCAUGGUGGUCAGCAUCAAACCCGAGCGUUCAAUACCGAAACAGCUGAACAGCUUAAUUCAUGGCUGAAUGGCUUUGAAUCUCAAUUGCGACAGAUGACAGACGUGAACUAUGACUUUUAUGUCCACGUUUUGAUGCUCCUCUACAGUGAGACGGUGAAUGAACGGAUUGAGAGGCGUGGGACGAGAGCUGGGGGAAGGAUUUUUUGA